UGGCGCUGAGGGUAAAUGUCAUCAUGUCAUUAGUUUAAUUUAUUGUUUUGAUGUUUAUUUUAUUUAUUAAACGUAUUGUUUACACAAGUUAUGGGCAUUCGUGAGUAAUUAGUGAGUAUUAAUAAUUUUAAAAUAUACAUUUCUACUGUGAAUUACAUUAUUACGUGAAAAAUGAAUCAAUUGAUUAAUGUUAUUGGUGAUCUAAUUGAGAAUUUUAUUGGACAUAAACUUCCUACAAUAAAAGAGGUUAUAGCGGUAUUUUUUUAUCAAAAAAAUAUUCUUAAACUAGAUUAUAAAAAAAGUAUACGAAUAACGAUUGAUAAACUUGAUCUUAUAUGGUCUGAAGCUGGCAUCCCAACGUGUGGGAAAAAAUAUGCCUUAAAAAAAUUUGAAAAAAUAUUAGAGGAAGACAAAAAAUUACAAAAAUGUUCUCGACGAAGACGGUCUGCUACACAGAUAAAAAAUGAAGCAGUUUUUCAUCAAAAAUUGACAAAGUUAUUCGAUAUUGCCAAAGUAAAUGUCGAAAAAUAUCUCACUGAUGAAAAAAAAUUGUUUUUAUCCGGUCAACGUUCAAAAAGUAGAUUUGGUUUGAUAAAUAAUAGUGUUGGAUUAAAUCCAGAGGAAAAUCCUGACGAUGCUAUGGACGUAGAGCCUGUUGAUACAAAUGAACCUGAGCCUAACGUCGCUCUAGCAACCCAAAAAUCUGCAAUAUUUCGAUCGAACUUGUCAGCUACAACAAGUCAUGUAUCUACUGAUGUAUCUGAUUUUGAAAGUCAACUCAGCCAACCAAAACAAAUUCCAAAAAUUGAUGUAAUGACACCUGAACUCUGUGCUGCACUCGAUCGAUCAAAAGUCACUCAUAGGAAUGCCAUUUUCAUUUUAGCUGCUGCGUACAAAAGUGUUGGAAUUGAUUUGUCAACUCUAAAUCUGAGUUACAGUACAAUUUACCGAGCGCGAAAUAAAUAUAGAUCAAAUAUUACUAAGGAUCUUAAAUCAGAAUUUCACAAAGACGAUCGUUAUGUGGUGCAUUGGGAUGGAAAAAUUCUCAGUGAUAUUAAAGGUUCAGAAACUGUAGACCGUAUUGCAAAGUUCUCUUUAUCAGUUUCUGGGGUUGAUCAACUUCUCGGAGUUCCAAAAGCUGACGAUGGAAGUGCUCUUAAACAAGCUUCAGCUGUUAUUGACACUUUGAACCAGUGGGAAGUUGCUCCGUAUGUAAAAGCAAUGUGUUUUGAUACGCCACCUGUAAAUACUGGUAUUCACAAAGGAACUUGUGUUAUGAUCGAAAAAGCACUUGGCAGAAAAUUAGUUUGGCUUCCAUGUCGCCAUCAUAUAAUGGAGAUUAUUUUGAGGGGAGUUUUUGAAGUUUUUUGGAAAACGACAUCUGGUCCUAAUGUUCCAAUAUUCGUUAGAUUCAAAAGUUACUGGAACAAGGUUGACCAAUCAAAUUAUAAAAGCGGAAUGGAAGAUGAAAUUAUCGCAAAUACUUUGACAGGAAAAAAAGCUGAAAUUGUUACUUUCAUUAACAAUUGCUUACAGAUGUCACAGCCUCGAGAUGAUUAUCGAGAGCUUUUACUCUUAUGCUUAGUAUUCCUUGAUAGUUUUUCUGAAGAAAAUUUUUCCUUUAAACGACCUGGUGCCAUGCACCAUGCGCGAUGGAUGUCAAAGGCCAUCUAUAGCUUGAAAAUAUUUUUGUUUCGCCAUCAGUUUAAUCUUUUAGCUCAAGAAGAGAAAAAUUUACGCCGAAUUUGUAUUUUUGUGAUUUCAUUUUAUAUUAGAGUAUGGUAUAAUUCAACUUCUGCUAUCCAAGCGCCGAACAAUGACUUAGAGUUCAUGAAGAAUUUGAUUCACUCUAAAAACGUAGAUCCACCGGUGUUACAACGAGCUUGUCAGAAAAUGAUUGAGCACUUGUGGUACUUAAAUGAAGAAUUGGUCAUACUCUCAUUAUUUGACAGUAACGUAUCAGUUGAUGUGAAGAAAAAAAUUGUUAUGGCAAUUAAAAAUCGAGAAAGUUCUUCACCAAUGCGUCAACGGUAUGAAAGUUGUUCAGCAAAUUCGAUUUGCCAUGCGAUUUUGGAAGAUGAUGUUUCAACAUGGUGCAGUAAUGAUUCAUAUAAGGAAUGUUUAGAACAUUUUAAUACCUUAAAAGUGACAAAUGACGUAGCUGAACGAGGGGUCGCUUUGAUCGAGGAAUACAACAACUGGCUCACAAAAGAUGAAGAACAACUGCAAUACUUAUUGCAAGUAGUUCGCGAACAUCGGCUGAGAUAUCCUAAUUAUAAUAAGACAACUCUACAGCAAGAUCAAUUUAAUGCAAAUGUAUAA